UGCAAUUCUCAAAUACUCUACUGCUGUGAUCAGAGAAACUUCCCUAUUUAGCGAAAGUAAAUUGAAUUACGUUGCUUCUUCAGAUAGUUUAAAUAAAUUUCCGUAACAGUAACAUGUUGCAUUUGCUUCUAUAUAUUCUUUCUUGACAGUUUCUUUCAUACAAAUAUUCAAUAAAAAUAAUUAAGUUUUCCUAACAAAAAAAGUGUCAGUGAUCUAUAUUAAAAGUCAAGUACUCAAGUCUCUUCUUUGUUUGCAACUAGAAAUAAUUAUUAUGGAGAAUAAUACAUAUUGUCAAAUUUUCGCCUUUAUUUUCUACACUUUCUUAUUUCUGAUAGUAUUAAAAAUAUUCAAUACUUUAACGAAAGGAAAAUGUUCGACAAAUAAAAGAUUAGACGGUCAAGUCGUAAUUAUUACUGGAUCAAGCAGAGGAAUUGGCAAAUGUACUGCAUUAGAUCUUGCGCGAAGAGGAGCAAAAAUUAUCAUAGCCUGUAAUGAUAUAACUGAAGCAAAUGAAGCGAAAGAUGAAAUAAUAGAAAUAUCUGGUAAUAAAAAUAUUGAGGCACAUUUUCUGGAUUUGGGUUCAUUUGAGAGCGUGAGAAAAUUUGCCAAAAAUAUUAUUGCAAAAGAAAAACGAUUGGAUAUUCUUAUCAAUAAUGCAGGUAUUGCUUCAUCGUCAAAUAAAAAAACUAAAGAUGGCUUGGAAAUUGGAAUGCAAGUAAAUCACUAUGGACAUUUUUUGCUGACAAAUUUAUUAAUCGAUUUAUUAAAGAAAUCAACACCUAGUCGAAUUGUUCACGUCGCAUCUAUAUUACAUUUAUUGGGAAGAUUAGAUUUUAAUAAUAUGAAUUCUGAAAAGGGAAAUAAUAUGCUUUUACUUUAUAGUGACAGCAAAUUGUACAAUGUCUUGUGUAGUAAUGAAUUUGCAAAACGUUUAAAAGGCACAGGAGUUACAUCAAAUUCUGUCUAUCCUGGUGCUGUGGAUACAAAUAUUUUCCAACCAAUUCAAUUUACGGGCAGAAUUCUAAUUUACUUCUUGGGACUCUUUGUUUUCAAGACACCAGAAGAAGGGGCGCAGACAUCCAUUCAUGUAGCAGUUAGCGAUGAAGGAUCAAAAGUAUCCGGAAAGUAUUUCGUCGAUUGCAAGGAAAUGAAUUUUUUGAAUCGUCCCUAUAGUGACGAAGAUAGAGUAAAACUUUGGAAUAAAUGCUGUGAUCUUGUAGGCCUAAAACCAGAAGAGAGAUUAAUUUAACAUUGCCCAGAUUUAGAAAUUUUUUUUUUUCUAAAAGAAAAUUUUCUAAAAUUAUAAUUUCGGAAAUAAAGCUAAUGAAAAUAAAAUUAAUUAAUUAAAUUUAAUUUCAUACUUGGAAAAUAGAAAAAUAACAAAAAGAAGAGAAGAAGAGAAAUAAGAAACAAAAUAAAUCGCUUGUGAAAAAAGGAGAAAAUUUCAUCAAGUGACAGUGAAAUUAAUGAUAAUGUAAAUAAACUAUACUAACAAUAAAUAGUAACAAUUUAAAUUAAACAUAUUAGUUUACAAAAAAUAUUUUACAAAUUUUGUAAAUUUAUCGCAACCAGGAACCAAAGAGCAUCGACUCUGCGACAAAAGUAGAGUUGGUGAAGAUUUGUAUUGAAAAAAGGACACGCAAGGUUCAUUGAACUGGCCACCAGCAUCUUAAUGGCCUUUCCUUUUAUUUGAACCAACACAAAAACGUUUGUAGUCCGCCUAAUAAUGUUAUCCUUUUUUCUCUCAAAAACAAUAAAAAUUACUUUCUAA